UCCUUGUUCUCUCUGCUUCUUCCUUCAACACCUGCCAGGUUCGGCUGCCCUGAAAUCAUGCCCCUAGUUCUCCUGUAUCUGGGCCUCACCCUGCUGGGAGCCCUGCAGACCCAGGCCCAGGAUUCUGCUCCAAACCUGAUCCCAGCCCCACGUCUCAGCAGGGUCCCCCUGCAGCAGGGCUUUCAGGAUGCCCAGUUCCAGGGGAAAUGGUAUGUGGUAGGCCUGGCGGGAAAUGCAGUUCAGAGAGAAGAACAGGGCCAGUUUAAGAUGUACAGCACCACCUACGACCUGAAGGAGGACCACAGCUACAAUGUCACCUCUACUCUGCUCAGGGACCAGGGCUGUGACCACUGGAUCAGAACUUUUGUCCCAACUUCCCCACCUGGCCGAUUCACCCUGGGAAACAUUAGCAGUUAUCCCAAAAUACAGAGUUACAUUGUGCAGGUGGCAGCCACCAACUACAACCAGUUUGCCAUGGUGUACUUCAAGAAAGUUUCUGAAAACAGGGAAUACUUCAAGAUUACCCUCUACGGGAGAACCAAGGAGCUGACCUCUAAACUGAAGGAGAGGUUCAUCCGCCUUGCCAAAUCUCUGGGCCUCACUGAUGACCACAUCAUCUUCCCUGUCCGCAUAGAUCAGUGCAUUGACAACUGAACCGGCCGUGAGGAUGUCUGCUCGGGGGCGUCUACAGGAAGCCGGGGUGCAGAAGGCAGGAGGUCUCAGGCCUACCUUUGCUCCUCUCGCUGUUCCUGGAAACACAGCUAUCUUCACUUUGAUGUCCUCUCUCAAGUGCCUCCUGCUUUCCAACCCCUGUCCUUUCUGUAAUCUCUGUUGUGUUACCUGACUGCCCCACCAGCCACAAUGCCAAGUUCACAGCUGGGAGACCCUUCUCAUGGUACAGUACUGCCCUGAAAGCCUCUGAUAAAGCCCUCCUUGUCUGCUAAAUAAACCCAUGCCACCAGUC